GUUUAGACGCAAAACAAUUAGACCGAGUGGUCGGUAGACGUCUAACAAUUAGACGCUAACACUUUAGACGUAAACCUUUUAGACUUGAAAAGGUUAGACCGUUAAUUUUUAGACGUUAACUAUUUAGACCCAAACGGUACCCCCCGUUUUUGUUUAGUCUUAAAAGUUAGCACUUUGCGUUUUUCAAGUCAAGAGAAAUCUGUACCUGUGGUUUUAUUUCUCCUUAGUAUUAUUGCUAUUGCCGCUUGGAUGAAUUUAGACUCUAUCAAAAUCACCAAUUCUGUCACCUGACUGCAUUAUUUACUUUUGCCCUUAGUGUGUAAAAAUGAGUGGGUUUAUCAACACCAAUCUCAUGUUUCUUCAGAGUCAUCGCACUGGAACUGUUCGCAAUUUCUUAUGAUGUAAUGUAUCUUUCCUCACAGUGAAAUUUCUCUUACGUUUUCGAGGAGUUAAGUAUGGCCUCUAUUAAGGUACCUGAGCAAAAAGUAAUACUCUGCGGGGAGUAUGGAGUUGGUAAAAGUUCUCUGUUCCGUCGUUAUGCUUAUGAUACAUUUGUCAGUGGCUCUAGUCGUCAACUUACACUGGGUUUGGAUCACUACAACAAAGAGUACCGGAUUAAUGAUAAAUCAAUUGGGCUACAAUUAUGGGAUACAGGAGGAAUGGAGCGAGUUGCCUCGAUCACUUCAAGUUACUACAAGUUUGCAGAAGCGGCUAUUUUAGUCUUUUCUCUAGACAAUGCUGCCUCAUUUCAUGUAUUGUCUCAACAUUUGUUAGAGAUUGUAACAUAUGCUGAGAAUGCUAAGAUAUUUCUUUGUGGGAAUAAAAUGGAUUUAGAGGGUUCUACACCUCAGGUCACAGAGGCUGACAUGGAAAGUUUUUGUGAACAGUGUCACAAUCUCAUCAGUGCAACUUAUAAAACAUCAUGUAAAACCGGCGAAGGGGUUGAGGAGAUGUUUAGAGACAUUGCAUAUCAUCUAGUUCAGUCUAAUCGAUCUCGAAUUGAGCUUCAGAGCGUUGACGUAAAUGCAUUCAAAAUUGCACCUGCUGAGGAAGUCACAGAACCAUCCUGUCUGUGCUAGGUAACAUGAUAGUCAGUAAAGCUGGAAUUGAGCCUUAUGAUAAAACACCAUUUUCAUUAUGAAAAAAUCCUGCUUCAAGAAAUCAAGAUCUACCCUGCCUACCUGCUCAAAGUUUUAUUCAUUUGGUGUUUAGUCGUGUUCAUAAAACAGCAGUUCCAUUUUUUCUUCUUCUUCUUCUUUUUUUUUUCUCAAUCAUGAAGUAUUAAAUCUUGCUUUGAGAAGACUUCACAACCAUUUUUGGUGAAUUUUAUAUUCGAAAAAAAAAGGGGAUAUGUGAAAAAAAUUAAGUAACAAUCCUAUAUCUGGUUGUUGAACUGAUUCAGAGUUAAAUCAAAAGAUGUUUUCAACAAGACUCUUGAUGCAUUAUAAAGAUUCUAUAAUCUCUGUUGAUUUUCCCUCUGCAAGAGGACUUUUUUGUUAUUUUUUAAUUGGUACGCACCAUUUGUGAAUUAUUUUCACUAAAAUCAUGAAAAAGACAGUUUUUGGUGUAAAUUAUAAACUUGUUGAAUUUGAUUGUAAAACUCAAAGGUCUAGAGGUUGGUUUUGGUUUUAGUCGUAAUUUGAGGAAUUGGCAUACACUUUUUUCUUUCGUGUUAUUUCCUUUCAUGUGAAGAGAGGCAAAAUUGUCUUCCAGCCGUCUCCACUCUAGCCUCGGUUCUCCUCUAUUAUUUGUAUUUUUUGUUUAGUAAACUGUCCAAAAUUACAGCACAUGUAAAAUUCACCCAGAGAAGAACCUUUGAAUUUCCCUCAUUCUGAAGUAUUUUUCCUCCAACCUCCUUGUGCAGUUGUUGGACCCCAAAAAAGUUGAGAAAAAUUUUUGUUUAAUUUUGGCAGUAAUAAGAGUUAGUGGAUUCCUGUCGAGUGAAGGUUAGAUAAUUUCCACCUCUUUGCCUCUGGCGAUCAGAUCAUUUUUUCUUUGAAGGGCCCAAUCCCAAUGGGUCUUCUAGCACUUCAACCUUGAUUCAGAUCAAAAAUUUCCCUCCUUUUUUGUCCUCACAUAAUACUUACUACAGGUGUUCCCUGAUUAUUAACUUAUAUUUAUAGAGUUUAAUUCUUUCUAGAUUUUGAUUGUUUUGUUUUGGUCGUCAAGAAUGCUUGGAUUUAGCCAGUGCCAAAAGUUAAUACUCAAGGAAUUAUGAAUUAGUCUCACUUAGUGUAGUGAUGAAGAUAUGCAGUAUUUUUCCCCAUUUUUAAUAGCGACUAAAAAAUCCCCUUUUAAGGUUUUUUCUUGUUAAGUAUAAUUGUAUGGAAGCCAAUUCAUAUUAUGAAAGUGGGAAAGUAAAGGAAAGGUAUCCGUAAUCUUACAUUGUCUUGCGUUGCGCGUCUGAGGCAUCUGCGUUCAUUUUUGCUCUCUUUGUAGGUGUAUGAAAGUGUGCAAAAAUCUGAGAGUUUUGAUCUCAUAACUUUAUAAUUUCUUAAGAUCGUCUCAAGUGAAGGAGAUAAGCAGAAUCUCUUCAUGCUUGUGUCUUUACCUUCGUGUUACUACAAUUGCUGGCGCUAAAGGACUCGCUAGUAAAAUCUCUACUUUUUUUAAACGUUUCCUAUUGAAGAUCGUAAUGCCUAGAAUUUAACUUCGACUGUUCCAUUUGUGUGCAAUUUUAAUGUUUUCUAAAAUAGCAUGUAACAAUUACAUACCCUCUGCCCUGACUCCCGUACAAUUCUAAAAGGUGAGGGGGUCCCCCUGAACCUGUAAUUCGUUACAAGAAAGAGUAAUUUUUGUUGAUUUCUCAAAAUUUCAAGUUCCAUCCGAUCUUGAAAUUGAUCAUCCAACGUUAGUUGCACUUUAAAGACUAGAUUAAAUGCAUUGUCUACCUUCAACAAAUUUCGCAUUUAAUUUAUAUUCAGGAUCCAUUUAAAUUUUAAGCUUCAUGUAGGGAAUGCCUAGCUCUUUAAGGAGGGAUAUCAGAUACUUUUUUCAUCAAAAUUCUUCUCUGAAAUAUGUUAUUUAGCAAGUAUUUCAUUCGUUAGCCUUCACUGGUCAUAGGCAAGAGGAUCUGCUGUGAAUACUUAAAUAUACACCAGAGUGGCAAUAUCUAAAGGAACAUGAAAGUUUAGGUUUUUAUCUUGAUUUUUUGUGUGGUUUUUUAAUGAAUAAAAACUUUUUCGGUGUGUCUCUGAUUGUUGAUUACGCAGGUAUAUGUAAACUAGACAAUUCCAGUAUUUUUUAAUUCUUGCCAGUUAUGGAUCUUCAAGCGUCAGCAUGAUUUUUUCUUCAGUUGUGCACAAAUUUCUGUUUCAUUCAUUGUUGCUGGUAUAGAAUAUUAGUAGGUAUUGGUUUUUUUUUGGUGGCAAUUAAUUCAGGAACAGACAGAUAAGGGAUCUUAAGUUAGUCGGAUGAGCAUAAUUGAACAAAAAGUUGAGCUUUUAAAAGUAUGUAGAUAAAUGCGGAUUUCAUCCUAAAAAAGAAAAGAAAAUGAGUUUAAAUGGUCUUCUGUAUCACACAUACAAGUAUCAGA